AUGGAUGGAAUUGCUUAUUGCUUGAGGCCUUUAGAGGUACCACUAAUGAAAAUUGAGUUGUCUCUUCUGCCAAUGUUAAUAGCUGCCAUGAUUUCCACUGCCUAUGUUUUGAACAGGAGAGCAUGGCAGCUCUAUGAAGAAGGGAAACUUUUAGAGGCAGUGGAUCCAGAAAUGGAGGAAUAUCCUCCUGAAGUCAUUAUCAAGUACAUGAAAGUUGCGUUUUUCUGCACACAAGCAACUGCAAGUCGGAGGCCAAUGAUGAGCCAAGUUGUUGACAUGCUUUCAAGAAACGUAAAGCUCAAUGAGAAGCAACUCACACCCCCCGGCUUCUUCCAGGAUUCAGGUGGCACUAGUGGGGAACCAUCGGAUAAAAAGUCAAAUGAAAGCUCUACAACCUAUCAGAUGAGCUCUGUCCCUGUCAGUAUCACUCAGUUGACCCCUAGAUGA